AUGAACUUCUUAUCCCAGAUUUACACCGACAGUUGUUACAAGAGCUACCUUGAUAAUGAGCCUCCCUUCUUGGUUGCCGUCGUCAGUGGAAAGCGGCUAUGCAUAUCUGAGGGAUUGUCUCGCAUGUCAAAUCAGUCGUCACUCUUUCACAUCAAAUAUUUUCCAGACCUGAGAUCGCUCCCCACGAAGCAAAAGGCUGCAGGUGCACCUCUUCCGAAUGCACUCGGUGUUCUGAAAAGCGACUGGUGCACGAGGCGUUUACAUUCCAGGUUUAGCUGCGUUAUUUUUAGCCUGGAUUGGGAAACGGUGAGCGAUGUCGCAAUGGAUGAGAUUGGGAAUUCCAGCAUGUGGGACCAACUGCUGGCGUGGACACGCACACUGCGAAGCAAAAUUAUUGUCGCACUCGCAACUGAGAAAUGUUCCAAUGAAGGAGAGGAUGUGAAAGAAAAACUAGAAACACUGCAACGAGUACUCAAACAGAGGCUAGGGGAUGAUUUUAAUGAGCUGAUAAUUUUAUUCAAACUAGGGAUGGAAAGGGAGAGCGCGGAACGCCUCUACCAUAUGUUGAAGAAAACAUCAACGGCAUAUCACAUGGAGGAGUUGGCUCGCAUUAGGAACAAGCCACCGGAACCAAAUUACCUUGCAGUGCGAUUGGGGUUCAAGACCGGGUGGCACUCUCUUGUUGUGCGUGAUUUGGGUGCGGCUGUAAAGCAUUUUACCAACGCUUAUAACUGCCUAAGAGAUGUUGCCCCUCCUCAGUCACCGAUGGAAUUGCGCAUGUGCGGCACGGUCAUUAUUAUGCACUUACUGAAUGCUGCCAAAGCUCUGUCCGAUGUUAGCUUUGAGGAUUUAUAUUAUGGUAUGUGUGAGGAUCAUAUCGUAUGGUUGGGACAGAUCACUCCUUCUACUGGUGAGAACUUUACCAUGGUGCAGUUUCUGAAACCGUUGCUUAUUGCUGAGUGCCAUUACUGGUUAGCGAAGAAUACCUGCCAUGCGGUGCCUGUUGCUUCGAUGGGCCAUCUUUGCGCAUGUAUGUUUGCUUAUGAAGAUGCUCUUAAGGUAAAUCGGUCACUUGAGACUUCUGCACAGCAAACUGUGGCGCCUGUUCUGAUUGGUGUGGAGUGCUGCUCAGAGGCGCACGUUAAUAUUUGCUCACUCAGUGGAACCUCGGAUGCUCUCACGAAACGAGUGGGUGAAUUGUUGAGCGAAUGUGCGUCCUUGACCGUGCCGACGGUAGAACUGCUUUACACUUCGGCGCGGCUGAAUGUCAUGCUUCGAAGGACUGAUGAAGCACUGUAUUCACUGGAGAUGUUGUGGGAACACGGUGUUAAGUCGUACGAAGGUGCUAAGGUUAUUCACGGGUUGCUAAUAGAAUUGUCGAAGUCAGUACCCGACGAAUUAGUAGAAAAGUGUUCCAGGGAGGUCACUCUUUCUUACGCCUCCUUGUCCUUUGGACCUGGUGCGGAGGAAAGUCAAAGGCGAUUUCGUGAUUCAUUUGCGAAGAUGAUGUCUAGCUUUUCACUUGACAGUUUUCUUUCAUAUCCGCACAAAGGGUAUUACGCUCCCUUUAACAUCUUCUGCGGUUUCAGUGAGGUACAUGGGGAUGAUUCAAUGCAUGAGUUGGUAAUGGUGUUCCGCACACAUUCCAUUGACAAUGUAAAUGUGGACUCCCUUUGCGUCAAUCUUUCUCGAAUGCGUGAUAACAAAUUGGAUAGUUGGGCCACGCAGACUUCUGUUGAUAGGUCUGUUGAGCUGUGCUCAUGUAACUCCAGUAGCGUUUCUGCUCUUUUCGACUUGAGAGAACCAGGGGUUUAUUAUUGUUCACGCGUUCAGGGCCGUGUGAAAUGUGGCGAUAUCUGCUUGAAUGUAGAGUGGAAUUUUGAUGAUACCUCUGUUGAAAAUAAUAACGUCGGCACCGCCGUCUAUUAG